AUGAAUACAUUAAAAAAUUUUUUUUACAAAAUUAUUAUCUGCGAAGCACCAACUGAAGUUUCAGAAGAUGUUAAUUUGCACGAACGAGAUCUUUGCUUUAUAUGCAAAGAUGAUAUUGACCCAACACUUAAAGAGUCAAUAACAAUUUUAAAUUAUAAACACUUUUUUCACAAAUCGUGUAUAGAAUGUUGCACCAAUAAUCAAUGUCCGCUAUGCCAAGAAGAGUGUAUUGAGUCGACUAAGCUUGGAAAUUAUUAUAGUCAAGAAAGCACGCAAGGAAUUUCUACACAGUUGGAUAAAGAUCUUAUAAUUGAUUCUGAAUGCGAUGAUAAUUCGGAAGUUCAAAUCUCCCGACAAGCCAGAUCUAUUGAAUCAUUAUUAAACUCUGAAUUUGAUACUUCGCCCAUUUUCAUUACAUUCAUACCGACAUCCACUACUACUGAUAUCACAACUUCUGCUCCUACACCCACAUCCAUUAUUACCAAUAUCACAACUUCCACAUCUAAACCACAAUCCACUACUACCGAUAUUACGACUUCUGCAGCUAUACCCACAUCCAUUACUACCAAUAUCACAACUUCCACAUCUGAACCACAAUCCAUUACUACUGAUAUUACGACUUUUGCAGCAUCUAUCACUACUACUGAUAUCACACUUCUAUCUAUAUCGACCAUUACGACUUCCACACCUGCACCUAUAUCGACCAACGCUGCACCUACCACCAUUACCGCUACUAUAUCUUCUGUACCUGCACCAGCCACCACACCUACCACUACUACUGUUACCAUGAACACCCAAAUAAAAUGUUUGAUUCAAGAAUUAAAGGAUUCUAAUAAUGAAUCUAAAGCGAAAAAAGCGGUAAUUAGUAGCUGGUACGACUUUUUACAAGAGUUGGAAAAUCAAAUUAAUGAAAAGUUAAAAGACCGUCGGCUAACUCAAAAAACUGCAACAAGCAAAGUGUAUAAUGAACUUCUGAAGCGUAUUCCUAUUACACAGGAAACUUUAAGAAAAAGAGUCGAAAAAACUAACAAAGUUUACAAACUAUUCAGGGCAAUUGGUGUUGACAAAAUAGAAAAAAUCAAAACAACAAGUUAUCAAUUGUGA